AAAAAAAAAAAAACGAAAACUUACAUUAUACCAAUUCGAACUAGCCAAGUUUAUACCAAAAAAAUAGUAGAGGUAGAAGCCAAAAGAAAGACAGAGAUAUAAAACACACAUACACUCAGACACCAAAUAGAAAGAGAUGCCUAUUAAGAUAUUUUGAGAUUAGCCAAAGAACUCAGCACAAAUUAAUAUUAAAGUUAUUACUACGAGUAUAGCCAAAAGCCCCAUUCAAAUGAGACCGACCUCCCCCUUCCAAAAGUGAAGCGUAAUAAAAAUCGUUGAAAUUGCAGAACGUUUUAAAAAAACUCUCUUGGCUGGUCAAUGAAUGAAAUUGGUUUGGGGAAACGUGCGCCCUCUGGGCUCCAGCUGCGACGCUUAGCUUCGAUAAUCUACGGCUUAUGCAAGCCCGUGGAACAGGUGCGUGCCAAGAGGAAGAGCUGUGCAUCCGUUACCGCUGCCGGAACGAUCGAGCUUUCGGUCGCUGUACGGAAUUCAAAUUCUUGCACAGACUAGGGACCUGAUUCCGCCCCCGCAUUUACGGCUUAAAUAUGCCCUUGGGUGGGCUGGCAAGCUCAGUACCGAGGGUGUCGCUCGGGUGUACACAGCACUCUGACCCGCCCAACAAGGACACAAACCAAGGAAAACGAGGCAGCACCUAGUUGACAAGAUGCAACUGUUCGUAAUCUGCCUACUGGUGGCAACCACGGCUGCGUUCACCAUGUUCGGCCCGCACAUCCGCAUCGUCCCGGGCCAAAAACCUAACGAGAUUGUCCUCCACUUUCGCAAUCCGUGCAAUAAUAAAACCAGCACAACAACCUUAAAACCGCCACCGCCUCCAUGUCCCGAUCAUCCCACAACGCCAGCCUGUGAGCACCGCAUUACUAGUCCGGCUCCAACAAAGCCGCCAUGCCCACAUGCCACAACAACUCCACACAAUUGUGGAGGAGAGACCACGAGUUCGAGUAGGGCAACUACUCUAAGGCCAACGUUGCAGACCACUAUAGGAACAACUUUUAAAACAACUCAGACGACAACAUUGAGACCAACAACUCUAAAACCAACUGAGGCAACGACUGUGAAGCCCACAGAGAAAACAUCGGAAAAGCCGACAACGCUAAAACCAACUGAGGCAACGACUGUGAAGCCCACAGAUAAGACAUCGGAAAAGCCGACAACGCUGAAACCAACUGAGGCAACGACUGUGAAGCCCACAGAGAAGACAUCGGAAAAGCCGACAACGCUGAAACCAACUGAGGCGACGACUGUGAAGCCCACAGAGAAGACAUCGGAAAAGCCGACAACGCUGAAACCAACUGAGGCAACGACUGUGAAGCCAACAGAAAAGACAUCGGAGAAGCCGACAACUUUGAAACCAACUGAGGCAACGACUGUGAAGCCCACAGAGAAGACAUCGGAAAAGCCGACAACGCUGAAACCAACUGAGGCAACGACUGUGAAGCCAACAGAGAAGACAUCGCAAAAGCCGACAACGCUGAAACCAACUGAGGCAACGACUGUGAAGCCCACAGGGAAGACAUCGCAAAAGCCGACAACGCUGAAACCAACUGAGGCAACAACUGUGAAGCCCACAGAGAAGACAUCGGCGAAACCAACAACUCUGAAACCAACUGAGGCAACGACUGUGAAGCCCACAGAAAAGACAUCGCAAAAGCCGACAACGCUGAAACCAACUGAGGCGACGACUGUGAAGCCCACAGAGAAGACAUCGGAGAAACCAACAACUCUGAAACCAACUGAGGCGACGACUGUGAAGCCCGCAGAAAAGACAUCGGAAAAGCCGACAACUCUGAAACCAACUGAGGCAACGACUGUGAAGCCAACAGAAAAGACAUCGGAGAAGCCGACAACUCUGAAACCAACUGAGGCGACGACUGUGAAGCCCACAGAGAAGACAUCGGAAAAGCCGACAACUUUGAAACCAACUGAGGCAACGACUGUGAAGCCAACAGAAAAGACAUCGGAGAAACCAACAACUCUGAAACCAACUGAGGCAACGACUGUGAAGCCCACAGAGAAGACAUCGGUUAAGCCGACAACUCUGAAACCAACUGAGGCAACGACUGUGAAGCCCACAGAGAAGACAUCGGCGAAACCAACAACUCUGAAACCAACUGAGGCAACGACUGUGAAGCCAACAGAAAAGACAUCGGAGAAGCCGACAACUCUGAAACCAACUGAGGCAACGACUGUGAAGCCCACAGAGAAGACGUCGGAAAAGCCGACAACGCUGAAACCAACUGAGGCAACGACUGUGAAGCCCACAGAAAAGACAUCGGCGAAACCAACAACUCUGAAACCAACUGAGGCAACGACUGUGAAGCCCACAGAGAAGACAUCGCAAAAGCCGACAACGCUGAAACCAACUGAGUCAACAACUGUGAAGCCCACAGAGAAGACAUCGGAAAAGCCGACAACGCUGAAACCAACUGAGACGACGACUGUGAAGCCCACAGAGAAGACAUCGGAAAAGCCGACAACGCUGAAACCAACUGAGGCGACGACUGUGAAGCCCACAGAGAAGACAUCGGAAAAGCCGACAACGCUGAAACCAACUGAGGCGACGACUGUGAAGCCCACAGAGAAGACAUCGGAGAAACCAACAACUCUGAAACCAACUGAGGCGACGACUGUGAAGCCCACAGAGAAGACAUCGGAGAAACCAACAACUCUGAAACCAACUGAGGCGACGACUGUGAAGCCCACAGAGAAGACAUCGGAGAAACCAACAACUCUGAAACCAACUGAGGCAACGACUGUGAAGCCCACAGAAAAGACAUCGGAAAAGCCGACAACGCUGAAACCAACUGAGGCGACGACUGUGAAGCCCACAGAGAAGACAUCGGAGAAACCAACAACUCUGAAACCAACUGAGGCGACGACUGUGAAGCCCACAGAGAAGACAUCGCAAAAGCCGACAACGCUGAAACCAACUGAGUCAACAACUGUGAAGCCCACAGAGAAGACAUCGGAAAAGCCGACAACGCUGAAACCAACUGAGGCGACGACUGUGAAGCCCACAGAGAAGACAUCGGAAAAGCCGACAACGCUGAAACCAACUGAGGCGACGACUGUGAAGCCCACAGAGAAGACAUCGGAAAAGCCGACAACGCUGAAACCAACUGAGGCGACGACUGUGAAGCCCACAGAGAAGACAUCGGAAAAGCCGACAACGCUGAAACCAACUGAGGCGACGACUGUGAAGCCCACAGAGAAGACAUCGGAGAAACCAACAACUCUGAAACCAACUGAGGCGACGACUGUGAAGCCCACAGAGAAGACAUCGGAGAAACCAACAACUCUGAAACCAACUGAGGCAACGACUGUGAAGCCCACAGAAAAGACAUCGGAAAAGCCGACAACGCUGAAACCAACUGAGGCGACGACUGUGAAGCCCAAAGAGAAGACAUCGGAGAAACCAACAACUCUGAAACCAACUGAGGCGACGACUGUGAAGCCCACAGAGAAGACAUCGGAAAAGCCGACAACGCUGAAACCAACUGAGGCAACGACUGUGAAGCCAACAGAAAAGACAUCGGAGAAGCCGACAACUUUGAAACCAACUGAGGCAACGACUGUGAAGCCCACAGAGAAGACGUCGGAGAAACCAACAACUCUGAAACCAACUGUGGCGACGACUGUGAAGCCCACAGAGAAGACAUCGGAGAAACCAACAACUCUGAAACCAACUGAGGCGACGACUGUGAAGCCCACAGAGAAGACAUCGGAAAAGCCGACAACGCUGAAACCAACUGAGGCGACGACUGUGAAGCCCACAGAGAAGACAUCGGAGAAACCAACAACUCUGAAACCAACUGAGGCGACGACUGUGAAGCCCACAGAGAAGACAUCGGAAAAGCCGACAACGCUGAAACCAACUGAGGCAACGACUGUGAAGCCAACAGAAAAGACAUCGGAGAAGCCGACAACUUUGAAACCAACUGAGGCAACGACUGUGAAGCCCACAGAGAAGACGUCGGAAAAGCCGACAACGCUGAAACCAACUGAGGCAACGACUGUGAAGCCAACAGAAAAGACAUCGCAAAAGCCGACAACGCUGAAACCAACUGAGGCGACGACUGUGAAGCCCACAGAGAAGACAUCGGAAAAGCCGACAACGCUGAAACCAACUGAGGCGACGACUGUGAAGCCCACAGAGAAGACAUCGACGAAACCAACAACUCUGAAACCAACUGAGGCAACGACUGUGAAGCCCACAGAAAAGACAUCGCAAAAGCCGACAACGCUAAAACCAACUGAGGCGACGACUGUGAAGCCCACAGAGAAGACAUCGGAGAAACCAACAACUCUGAAACCAACUGAGGCGACGACUGUGAAGCCCACAGAGAAGACAUCGGAAAAGCCGACAACGCUGAAACCAACUGAGGCGACGACUGUGAAGCCCACAGAGAAGACAUCGGAGAAACCAACAACUCUGAAACCAACUGAGGCGACGACUGUGAAGCCCACAGAGAAGACAUCGGAAAAGCCGACAACGCUGAAACCAACUGAGGCGACGACUGUGAAGCCCACAGAGAAGACAUCGGAAAAGCCGACAACGCUGAAACCAACUGAGGCGACGACUGUGAAGCCCACAGAGAAGACAUCGGAGAAACCAACAACUCUGAAACCAACUGAGGCGACGACUGUGAAGCCCACAGAGAAGACAUCGGAAAAGCCGACAACGCUGAAACCAACUGAGGCGACGACUGUGAAGCCCACAGAGAAGACAUCGGCGAAACCAACAACUCUGAAACCAACUGAGGCGACGACUGUGAAGCCCACAGAGAAGACAUCGGAAAAGCCGACAACGCUGAAACCAACUGAGGCAACGACUGUGAAGCCAACAGAAAAGACAUCGGAGAAGCCGACAACUUUGAAACCAACUGAGGCAACGACUGUGAAGCCCACAGAGAAGACGUCGGAAAAGCCGACAACGCUGAAACCAACUGAGGCAACGACUGUGAAGCCAACAGAGAAGACAUCGCAAAAGCCGACAACGCUGAAACCAACUGAGGCAACGACUGUGAAGCCAACAGAGAAGACAUCGGAGAAGCCGACAACUCUGAAACCAACAGAGGCAACGACUGUGAAGCCCACAGAAAAGACGUCGGAAAAGCCGACAACUCUGAAACCAACUGAGGCAACGACUGUGAAGCCCACAGAAAAGACAUCGGCGAAACCAACAACUCUGAAACCAACUGAGGCAACGACUGUGAAGCCAACAACUGUGAAGCCCACAGAGAAGACAUCGGAGAAACCAACAACUCUGAAACCAACUGAGGCGACGACUGUGAAGCCCACAGAGAAGACAUCGGAGAAGCCGACAACUCUGAAACCAACUGAGGCAACGACUGUGAAGCCCACAGAGAAGACAUCGGAGAAGCCGACAACUCUGAAACCAACUGAGGCAACGACUGUGAAGCCCACAGAAAAGACAUCGCAAAAGCCGACAACGCUGAAACCAACUGAGGCAACAACUGUGAAGCCCACAGAGAAGACCUCGGAGAAACCAACAACUCUGAAACCAACUGAGGCGACGACUGUGAAGCCCACAGAGAAGACAUCGGAAAAGCCGACAACGCUGAAACCAACUGAGGCGACGACUGUGAAGCCCACAGAGAAGACAUCGGAAAAACCAACAACUCUGAAACCAACUGAGGCGACGACUGUGAAGCCCACAGAGAAGACAUCGGAAAAGCCGACAACGCUGAAACCAACUGAGGCGACGACUGUGAAGCCCACAGAGAAGACAUCGGAAAAGCCGACAACGCUGAAACCAACUGAGGCGACAACUGUGAAGCCCACAGAGAAGACAUCGGAGAAACCAACAACUCUGAAACCAACUGAGGCGACGACUGUGAAACCAACAACUCUGAAACCAACUGAGGCGACGACUGUGAAGCCCACAGAGAAGACAUCGGAAAAGCCGACAACGCUGAAACCAACUGAGGCAACGACUGUGAAGCCAACAGAAAAGACAUCGGAGAAGCCGACAACUUUGAAACCAACUGAGGCAACGACUGUGAAGCCCACAGAGAAGACGUCAAAAAGCCGACAACGCUGAAACCAACUGAGGCGACGACUGUGAAGCCCACAUGUGAAGCCCACAGAAAAGACAUCGCAAAAGCCGACAACGCUGAAACCAACUGAGGCGACGACUGUGAAGCCCACAGAGAAGACAUCGGAGAAACCAACAACUCUGAAACCAACUGAGGCGACGACUGUGAAGCCCACAGAGAAGACAUCGGAAAAGCCGACAACUCUGAAACCAACUGAGGCAACGACUGUGAAGCCCACAGAAAAGACAUCGGAGAAACCAACAACUCUGAAACCAACUGAGGCGACGACUGUGAAGCCCACAGAGAAGACAUCGGAAAAGCCGACAACGCUGAAACCAACUGAGGCGACGACUGUGAAGCCCACAGAGAAGACAUCGGAAAAGCCGACAACGCUGAAACCAACUGAGGCGACGACUGUGAAGCCUACAGAGAAGACAUCGGAGAAACCAACAACUCUGAAACCAACUGAGGCGACGACUGUGAAGCCCACAGAGAAGACAUCGGAGAAACCAACAACUCUGAAACCAACUGAGGCGACGACUGUGAAGCCCACAGAGAAGACAUCGGAGAAGCCGACAACGCUGAAACCAACUGAGGCAACGACUGUGAAGCCUACAGAGAAGACAUCGGCUAAACCGACAACUCUGAAACCAACUGAGGCGACGACUGUGAAGCCCACAGAGAAGACAUCGGAAAAGCCGACAACGCUGAAACCAACUGAGGCGACGACUGUGAAGCCCACAGAGAAGACAUCGGAGAAACCAACAACUCUGAAACCAACUGAGGCGACGACUGUGAAGCCCACAGAGAAGACAUCGGAGAAACCAACAACUCUGAAACCAACUGAGGCGACGACUGUGAAGCCCACAGAGAAGACAUCGGAAAAGCCGACAACGCUGAAACCAACUGAGGCGACGACUGUGAAGCCCACAGAGAAGACAUCGGAGAAACCAACAACUCUGAAACCAACUGAGGCGACGACUGUGAAGCCCACAGAGAAGACAUCGGAAAAGCCGACAACGCUGAAACCAACUGAGGCAACGACUGUGAAGCCAACAGAAAAGACAUCGGAGAAGCCGACAACUUUGAAACCAACUGAGGCAACGACUGUGAAGCCGACGACUGUGAAGCCCACAGAGAAGACAUCGGAAAAGCCGACAACGCUGAAACCAACUGAGGCAACGACUGUGAAGCCAACAGAAAAGACAUCGGAGAAGCCGACAACUUUGAAACCAACUGAGGCAACGACUGUGAAGCCCACAGAGAAGACGUCGGAAAAGCCGACAACGCUGAAACCAACUGAGGCAACGACUGUGAAGCCAACAGAGAAGACAUCGCAAAAGCCGACAACGCUGAAACCAACUGAGGCAACGACUGUGAAGCCCACAGAGAAGACAUCGGAAAAGCCGACAACUUUGAAACCAACUGAGGCAACGACUGUGAAGCCAACAGAAAAGACAUCGGAGAAGCCGACAAGUUUGAAACCAACUGAGGCAACGACUGUGAAGCCCACAGAGAAGACAUCGGCGAAACCAACAACUCUGAAACCAACUGAGGCAACGACUGUGAAGCCAACAGAAAAGACAUCGGAGAAGCCGACAACUCUGAAACCAACUGAGGCAACGACUGUGAAGCCCACAGAGAAGACGUCGGAAAAGCCGACAACUCUGAAAUCAACAGAGGCAACGACUGUGAAGCCCACAGAAAAGACGUCGGAAAAGCCGACAACUCUGAAACCAACUGAGGCAACGACUGUGAAGCCAACAGAAAAGACAUCGGAGAAACCAACAACUCUGAAACCAACUGAGGCAACGACUGUGAAGCCCACAGAGAAGACAUCGCAAAAGCCGACAACGCUGAAACCAACUGAGGCAACAACUGUGAAGCCUACAGAGAAGACAUCGGAGAAACCAGCAACUCUGAAACCAACUGAGGCGACGACUGUGAAGCCCACAGAGAAGACAUCGGAGAAGCCGACAACUCUGAAACCAACUGAGGCAACGACUGUGAAGCCCACAGAAAAGACAUCGCAGAAGCCGACAACGCUGAAACCAACUGAGGCAACAACUGUGAAGCCCACAGAGAAGACCUCGGAGAAACCAACAACUCUGAAACCAACAGAGGCAACGACUGUGAAGCCCACAGAAAAGACGUCGGAAAAGCCGACAACUCUGAAACCAACUGAGGCAACGACUGUGAAGCCCACAGAAAAGACAUCGGCGAAACCAACUACUCUGAAACCAACUGAGGCAACGACUGUGAAGCCCACAGAGAAGACAUCGCAAAAGCCGACAACGCUGAAACCAACUGAGGCAACAACUGUGAAGCCCACAGAGAAGACAUCGGAGAAACCAACAACUCUGAAACCAACUGAGGCGACGACUGUGAAGCCGACGACUGUGAAGCCCACAGAGAAGACAUCGGCGAAACCAACAACUCUGAAACCAACUGAGGCGACGACUGUGAAGCCCACAGAGAAGACAUCGGAAAAGCCGACAACGCUGAAACCAACUGAGGCAACGACUGUGAAGCCCACUGAGAAGACGUCGGUAAAGCCGACAACGCCGAAACCAACUGAGGCAACGACAGUAAAACCCACAGAGAAGACAUCGCAGAAGCCGACAACUCUGAAACCAACUGAGGCGACGACUGUUAAGCCCACAGAGAAGACAUCGGAGAAACCAACUGAGGCGACGACUGUGAAGCCCACAGAGAAGACAUCGCAAAAGCCGACAACGCUGAAACCAACUGAGGCAACAACUGUGAAACCCACAGAGAAGACAUCGGAGAAACCAACAACUCUGAAACCAACUGAGGCGACGACUGUUAAGCCCACAGAGAAGACAUCGGAGAAACCACCAACUCUGAAACCAACUGAGGCGACGACUGUGAAGCCCACAGAGAAGACAUCGGAGAAGCCGACAACUCUGAAACCAACUGAGGCAACGACUGUGAAGCCCACAGAGAAGACGUCGGUAAAGCCGACAACGCCGAAACCAACUGAGGCAACGACUGUAAAGCCCACAGAAAAGACAUCGGAGAAGCCGACAACUUUGAAACCAACUGAGGCAACGACUGUGAAGCCCACAGAGAAGACGUCGGUAAAGCCGACAACGCCGAAAGCAACUGAGGCAACGACAGUAAAACCCACAGAGAAGACAUCGCAGAAGCCGAAAACUCUGAAACCAACUGAGGGAACGACUGUGAAGCCCACAGAGAAGACAUCGGAAAAGCCGACAAAACCAACUGAGGCAACGACUGUGAAGCCCACAGAGAAGACAUCGGAGAAACCAACAACUCUGAAACCAACUGAGGCAACGACUGUGAAGCCCACAGAGAAGACAUCGGCUAAACCAACAACUCUGAAACCAACUGAGGCAACGACUGUGAAGCCCACAGAAAAGACAUCGGUAAAGCCGACAACGCCGAAACCAACUGAGGCAACGACAGUAAAGCCCACAGAGAAGACAUCGGAGAAGCCGACAACUCUGAAACCAACUGAGGCAACGACUUUGAAGCCCACAGAGAAGACAACAGCUAAACCGACAACUCUGAAACCAACUGAGGCAACGACUGUGAAGCCCACAGAAAAGACAUCGGAGAAGCCGACAACUUUGAAACCAACUGAGGCAACGACUGUGAAGCCCACAGAGAAGACGUCGGUAAAGCCGACAACGCCGAAACCAACUGAGGCAACGACAGUAAAACCCACAGAGAAGACAUCGCAGAAGCCGACAACUCUGAAACCAACUGAGGGAACGACUGUGAAGCCCACAGAGAAGACAUCGGAAAAGCCGACAAAACCAACUGAGGCAACGACUGUGAAGCCCACAGAGAAGACAUCGGCUAAACCGACAACUCUGAAACCUACUGAGGCAACGACUGUGAAGCCCACAGAGAUGACGUCGGUAAAGCCGACAACGCUGAAACCAACUGAGGCAACGACUGUGAAGCCCACAGAGAAGACGUCGGUAAAGCCGACAACGCCGAAACCAACUGAGGCAACGACAGUAAAGCCCACAGAGAAGACAUCGCAGAAGCCGACAACUCUGAAACCAACUGAGGGAACGACUGUGAAGCCCACAGAAAAGACAUCGGAAAAGCCGACAAAACCAACUGAGGCAACGACUGUGAAGCCCACAGAGAAGACAUCCGCUAAACCGACAACUCUGAAACCAACUAAGGCAACGACUGUAAAGCCUACAGAGAAGACAUCGGAAAGGCCGACAACGCUGAAACCAACUGAGGCAACGACUGUGAAGCCAACGACUGUGAAGCCUACAGAGAAGACAUCGGAGAAGCCGACAACGCUGAAACCAACUGAGGCAACGACUGUGAAGCCCACAGAGAAGACAUCGGCUAAGCCGACAACUCUGAAACCAACUGAGGCAACGACUGUGAAGCCCACAGAGAAGACAUCGGAGAAACCAACAACUCUGAAACCAACUGAGGCAACGACUGGGAAGCCCACAGAGAAGACAUCGGAAAAGCCGACAACGGUAAAACCAACCAAGGCAACGACUGUGAAGCCUACAGAGAAGACAUCGGAGAAGCCGACAACUCUGAAACCAACUGAGGCAACGACAGUAAAGCCCACAGAGAAGACAUCGGCUAAACCGACAACUCUGAAACCAACUGAGGCAACGACUGUGAAGCCCACAGAGAAGACAUCGGAGAAGCCGACAACGCUGAAACCAACUGAGGCAACGACAGUAAAGCCCACAGAGAAGACAUCGGCUAAACCGACAACUCUGAAACCAACUGAGGCAACGACUGUGAAGCCCACAGAGAAGACAUCGGAGAAACCAACAACUCUGAAACCAACUGAGGCAACGACUGUGAAGCCCACAGAGAAGACAUCGGAGAAGCCGACAACGCUGAAACCAACUGAGGCAACGACAGUAAAGCCCACAGAGAAGACAUCGGCUAAACCGACAACUCUGAAACCAACUGAGGCAACGACUGUGAAGCCCACAGAGAAGACAUCGGAGAAGCCGACAACGCUGAAACCAACUGAGGCAACGACAGUAAAGCCCACAGAGAAGACAUCGGCUAAACCGACAACUCUGAAACCAACUGAGGCAACGACUGUGAAGCCAACGACAGUAAAGCCCACAGAGAAGACAUCGGCUAAACCGACAACUCUGAAACCAACUGAGGCAACGACUGUGAAGCCCACAGAGAAGACAUCGGAGAAGCCGACAACGCUGAAACCAACUGAGGCAACGACAGUAAAGCCCACAGAGAAGACAUCGGCUAAACCGACAACUCUGAAACCAACUGAGGCAACGACUGUGAAGCCAACGACUGUGAAGCCCACAGAGAAGACAUCGGAGAAACCAACAACUCUGAAACCAACUGAGGCAACGACAGUAAAGCCUACAGAGAAGACAUCGGCUAAACCGACAACUCUGAAACCAACUGAGGCAACGACUGUGAAGCCCACAGAGAAGACAUCGGAGAAACCAACAACUCUGAAACCAACUGAGGCCACGACUGUGAAGCCCACAGAGAAGACAUCGGAGAAGCCGACAACGCUGAAACCAACUGAGGCAACGACAGUAAAGCCCACAGAGAAGACAUCGGCUAAACCGACAACUCUGAAACCAACUGAGGCAACGAAUGUGAAGCCCACAGAGAAGACAUCGGAGAAACCAACAACUCUGAAACCAACUGAGGCAACGACUGUGAAGCCCACAGAGAAGACAUCGGCUAAACCGACAACUCUGAAACCAACUGAGGCAACGACUGUGAAGCCUACAGAGAAGACAUCGGAGAAGCCGACAACGCUGAAACCAACUGAGGCAACGACUGUGAAGCCCACAGAGAAGACAUCGGAAAAACCGACAACGCUGAAACCAACUGAGGCAACGACUGUGAAGCCCACAGAGAAGACAUCGGAGAAGCCGACAACGCUGAAACCAACCGAGGCAACGACUGUGAAGCCUACAGAGAAGACAUCGGAAAAGCCGACAACGGUAAAACCAACCAAGGCAACGACUGUGAAGCCCACAGAGAAGACAUCGCAAAAGCCGACAACGCUGAAACCAACUGAGGCAACGACUGUGAAGACCACAGAGAAGACAUCGGCUAAACCGACAACUCUGAAACCAACUGAGGCAACGACUGUGAAGCCCACAGAAAAGACAUCGGAGAAACCAACAACUCUGAAACCAACUGAGGCAACGACUGUGAAGCCCACAGAGAAGACAUCGCAAAAGCCGACAACGCUGAAACCAACUGAGGCAACGACUGUAAAGUCCACAGAAAAGACGUCGGAAAAGCCGACAACUCUGAAACCAACUAAGGCAACGACUGUGAAGCCCACAGAGAAGACAUCGGAGAAGCCGACAACGCUGAAACCAACCGAGGCAACGACUGUGAAGCCCACGGAGAAGACAUCGGCUAAGCCGACAACUCUGAAACCAACUGAGGCAACGACUGUGAAUCCCACAGAAAAGACGUCGGAAAAGCCGACAACUCUGAAACCAACUAAGGCAACGACUGUGAAGCCCACAGAUAAAACAUCGGAGAAGCCGACAACGCUGAAACCAACCGAGGCAACGACUGUGAAGCCCACGGAGAAGACAUCGGCUAAGCCGACAACUCUGAAACCAACUGAGGCAACGACAGUGAAGCCCACAGAGAAGACAACGGAAAAGCCGACAACGGUAAAACCAACCAAGGCAACGACUGUGAAGCCCACAGAGAAGACAUCGGAGAAGCCGACAACGCUGAAACCAACCGAGGCAACGACUGUGAAGCCUACAGAGAAGACAUCGGAAAAGCCGACAACGGUAAAACCAACCAAGGCAACGACUGUGAAGCCCACAGAGAAGACAUCGGAGAAGCCGACAACGCUGAAACCAACUGAGGCAACGACUGUGAAGCCCACAGAGAAGACAUCGGAGAAGCCGACAACGCUGAAACCAACCGAGGCAACGACUGUCAAGCCUACAGAGAAGACAUCGGAAAAGCCGACAACGGUAAAACCAACCAAGGCAACGACUGUGAAGCCCACAGAGAAGACAUCGCAAAAGCCGACAACGCUGAAACCAACUGAGGCAACGACUGUGAAGCCCACAGAGAAGACAUCGGCUAAACCGACAACUCUGAAACCAACUGAGGCAACGACUGUGAAGCCCACAGAGAAGACAUCGCAGAAGCCGACAACGCUGAAACCAACUGAGGCAACGACUGUGAAGCCCACGGAGAAGACAUCGGCUAAGCCGACAACUCUGAAACCAACUGAGGCAACGACUGUGAAGCCCACAGAAAAGACGUCGGAAAAGCCGACAACUCUGAAACCAACUGAGGCAACGACUGUGAAGCCCACAGAGAAGACAUCGGAGAAGCCGACAACGCUGAAACCAACUGAGGCAACGACAGUAAAGCCCACAGAGAAGACAUCGGCUAAACCAACAACUCUGAAACCAACUGAGGCAACGACUGUGAAGCCCACAGAGAAGACAUCGGAAAAGCCGACAACGGUAAAACCAACCAAGGCAACGACUGUGAAGCCCACAGAGAAGACAUCGCAAAAGCCGACAACGCUGAAACCAACUGAGGCAACGACAGUAAAGCCCACAGAGAAGCCAUCGGCUAAACCGACAACGCUGAAACCAACUGAGGCAACGACUGUGAAGCCCACAGAGAAGACAUCGGAGAAACCAACAACUCUGAAACCAACUGAGGCGACGACUGUGAAGCCCACAGAGAAGACAUCGGAGAAGCCGACAACUCUGAAACCAACUGAGGCAACGACUGUGAAGCCUACAGAGAAGACAUCGGAGAAGCCGACAACGCUGAAACCAACUGAGGCAACGACUGUGAAGCCCACAGAGAAGACAUCGGAAAAACCGACAACGCUGAAACCAACUGAGGCAACGACUGUGAAGCCCACAGAGAAGACAUCGGAGAAGCCGACAACGCUGAAACCAACCGAGAAGACAUCGGCUAAACCGACAACUCUGGAACCAACUGAGGCAACGACUGUGAAGCCCACAGAGAAGACAUCGCAAAAGCCGACAACGCUGAAACCAACUGAGGCAACGACUGUAAAGCCCACAGAAAAGACGUCGGAAAAGCCGACAACUCUGAAACCAACUAAGGCAACGACUGUGAAGCCCACAGAGAAGACAUCGGAGAAGCCGACAACGCUGAAACCAACCGAGGCAACGACUGUGAAGCCCACGGAGAAGACAUCGGCUAAGCCGACAACUCUGAAACCAACUGAGGCAACGACUGUGAAUCCCACAGAAAAGACGUCGGAAAAGCCGACAACUCUGAAACCAACUGAGGCAACGACUGUGAAGCCCACAGAUAAAACAUCGGAGAAGCCGACAACGCUGAAACCAACCGAGGCAACGACUGUGAAGCCCACGGAGAAGACAUCGGCUAGGCCGACAACUCUGAAACCAACUGAGGCAACGACUGUGAAGCCCACAGAGAAGACAUCGGAGAAGCCGACAACGCUGAAACCAACUGAGGCAACGACUGUGAAGCCCACAGAGAAGACAUCGGAGAAGCCGACAACGCUGAAACCAACUGAGGCAACGACUGUGAAGCCUACAGAGAAGACAUCGGCUAAACCGACAACUCUGAAACCAACUGAGGCAACGACUGUGAAUCCCACAGAAAAGACGUCGGAAAAGCCGACAACUCUGAAACCAACUGAGGCAACGACUGUCAAGCCCACAGAGAAGACAUCGGAGAAGCCGACAACGCUGAAACCAACUGAGGCAACGACUGUGAAGCCCACAGAGAAGACAUCGGAGAAGCCGACAACGCUGAAACCAACUGAGGCAACGACUGUGAAGCCUACAGAGAAGACAUCGGCUAAACCGACAACUCUGAAACCAACUGAGGCAACGACUGUGAAUCCCACAGAAAAGACGUCGGAAAAGCCGACAACUCUGAAACCAACUGAGGCAACGACUGUCAAGCCCACAGAGAAGACAUCGGAGAAGCCGACAACGCUGAAACCAACUGAGGCAACGACUGUGAAGCCCACAGAGAAGACAUCGGAGAAGCCGACAACGCUGAAACCAACUGAGGCAACGACUGUGAAGCCUACAGAGAAGACAUCGGCUAAACCGACAACUCUGAAACCAACUGAGGCAACGACUGCCAAGCCCACAGAGAAGACAUCGGCGAAACCGACAACGCUGAAACCAACUGAAGCAACGACUGUGAACCCAACAGAGAAGACAUCGGUUAAACCGACAACGCUGAAACCAACUGAGGCAACGACUGUCAAGCCCACAGAGAAGACAUCCGAGAAGCCGACAACGCUGAAACCAACUAAGCACACUACAGAGAAGUCGACUUCGCAAAAGUCAACUUCUGAGGAGACGACAACUGUUUCAACCACCGCAUCCUUGCCACCAUUCAAUAUUUUUGAUGUGAUAUCUGGGGCACCAUUAACAACCGUUUCUGAUGUUAUAUAGGAGAAAUCAAAGUUCCAAAUAGGUCUACAGUAGUGCUAAGCUUUUCGAAACACUAAUUAAUGCAAAGUUCUAUUAUAGUACACACUCAACUCACUUAGAGAUUGACAGAUAACGUAAUGCGUUCUUUUUAAAGAUUCUAAAACACUUGUUUUAUAAAAAUAACAAAAAAAAAAUCGUAUGCUUUGUAACUUAA